AUGGAGCUUUAGGUGUGAUUUCAUGGAACUGGAAGUGUUGAAGUUACCUCUCAAUUGUGUGGGUAUGGAAUAUGAAAUAUCAAUGGCAGAUGAGGGUUGUUACUUGUCACUGACAAUGCCUACUCUACACUACUUGGCGUUGUUACUCUUUACUCCCCAUUCAGCCAUUCCCAAUAGAGACUGACUGGUUGGUGCCUUGGUGAAGAAACUUCUGUCAUUAAGUUUCCUUUGGUAUAUAAACUAAGGCUAACACCGGAGAGAAUACACACUCUUCAGUCCUUGGCUUCCUUAAGUAGCAGGAAAGGGAAGUGUGAUGAAAAGGAGCUCCUUAAACAACACGUACGAUCAGUUCCCCUCUCUCUCUCUCUCUCUCUCGCCUUUUUCUGAAGCUUACACUGAGGGAGGAGAUUAACCAUCGAAUCUCUGUUUCAAUGGCUGAAGUUAUGCGUAGUUCCUUUAUGUUGAUGCUUCUCAUGAUUAUUAUAUCGGUGAUUGUUGGGGAGAAAAGGAUAGCAGCUCAAGUUCAUCAUGUGGUUGGAGACGAUCAUGGGUGGGAUCCAUCUUCCAAUAUCGGAGCCUGGUCGUCCGGUAGGAUUUUCAGGGUCGGCGACAAAAUCUGGUUUGCCUAUUCUGUUGCGCAGGAAAGCAUUGCAGAGUUGAAAAGCAAAGAGGAAUUCGAUUCAUGCGAUACCAGUAAUCCAAUCAGGAUGUACACUGAUGGCUUGGAUAGCAUCUCCUUUGACGCAGAAGGCACCCACUACUUCACCAGUGGCAGGCCGGAGAGCUGCAAGAAGGGUCUCAAGUUUAACGUCGAGGUGUUGCCACAGCCUAAAACAAAAGAGGAGGCGAUGAUGAUCGUUUCUACAGAUGAUGCCGUGGCCACUGGACCCACCCCAUCUGCUUCCACGCGUGGACUCCCUUCUAGCUUGUGGGUUGGUUUGCUCUUGCUUUGCUUCUCUCAGUUUUAGGAUGCUGUUACUUAAACCUACGAUGAUGAUCUCUCAUUUCAGCUUAACUGAUCAGUAUGAUUAUGGGUGUGUGGAUUGUUGGUUAUAAGAACGCCGGUUAAGUUUAUUUGAUUUACUUUUUCAGUUCUCUCAAGAGUUUGAAUCAUGUUUCAAGUUUCAAUUUAUAUGACUAUGGGUUAUAGUUAUGGCA